AUGAGGGAGCAGAUCAAGCAAGCCUUUGCCAAGAAUAAGAACCUGACCGAUGCUGUGGAGAUUGAGGCUGCCAAGGCUGAUGCUCGUCGUGGACUGUCCAACCUGCUGUUCAUGGAAGCUCAGCGCAUGGCCAAGGACCAGCAAGACAAGCACGACGGCGAGGCUCAGAGUCCCCUCCCCGCCGACGUAGCGCGGCUCAGCCGCCUGGCCCAGGCGCUGUCCUCGCACGCAUUCGACUCCUUGCUGCUGGAUGAGGAGGAAAUGGAGACGGAGGAGAGUCAGGGGGGGGAUGACGCCGGCUCCUGGGACGAUGGCGCGAUGCUGGUCGAGCACGGCGCAGAGCCCGGCGACCUGUCCGUCCUCGAUCCCGACGCCCCCGCGCCGUCCACCGCGCCGUCCGCGCUGUUCAAUCGCCUGGCAGGCUCCGACCUGGCCAUCGUGCACGACGCGCCCGGGGUCACGCGCGACCGCCUCUACUGCCCCGCCAACUGGGGCGGCCGCGACUUUCUGCUGGCCGACACGGGGGGCCUGAUGGCUGACGCCGCCGCGCUGCUAGCCCCCGAGCACCUGGCCGCGGCCGCGCGCUCCAUCAGCGCCCCCGGCCUGCCCGCGGCCAUCGAGCGCCAGGCCGCCGCGGCGGUGGCCGAGGCCGCCGCCGUCGUGCUGUGCGUGGACGGGCAGGAGGGCCCCACCGCCGGGGACGAGGAGAUCGUGGCCUGGCUGAGGCGCACCUUCAACCGCCUCCCCGUCCUGCUGGCGGUGAACAAGUGCGAGGCGCCCGGGUCCGGCGACCUCCAGGCCGCUCAGUUCUGGGGCCUGGGCCUAGAGCCCAUCCCCGUGUCGGCCAUCUCGGGGACCGGGACGGGCGACCUGCUGGACGCCCUCGUGCGCCGCUUGCGGGAAGGGGAGGACGAGGAUGAGGACGAGGAGGCGGGCGAAGCGGCCGCUGCCGUGGGCGGCGCCGCAGCGUCUGCCGCCCCGGGCACGCCCGCCGCGCCUGUGGCCGUGGCCAUCAUCGGCCGGCCCAACGUGGGGAAGAGUAGCAUCUUGAACGCCCUCAUCGGCCAGGACCGCUCAAUCGUGAGCGACAUGGCGGGGACCACGCGCGACGCCGUGGACACGGAGUUCACCGCCCCCGACGGCACUCGGUACACGCUGAUCGACACCGCCGGGGUGCGGCGCCGCACGGCCGUCGCCGCCAGCCCCGACGGCGCGGAGACGCUGUCGGUGAACCGUGCGCUGCGCGCAGUGCGGCGCGCUGACGUGGCGGUGCUGGUCCUGGACGCCACGGAGGGCAUCGCGCAGCAGGACUUCCGCCUGGCGGAGUACGUGGCGGCCGAGGGGCGGGCGUGCGUGAUCGUGGUGAACAAGUGGGACGCCGUGGCUGGCAAGGGCGCCGCCAGCCUGGCUGAGUUCGAGACCAACGUCCGGGCGGAGCUGCGGCCCGUGGAGUGGGCCAACAUGGUGUUCUGCUCCGCCACCACGGGUCUGCGCAUCCCCCGCAUCCUGGACGCGGUGCGCGCGGCCUGCGCCGAGCACCGCCGCCGUGUCCCCACUGCCACGCUCAACAUGGUGGUGCGUGAUGCGGUGGCCUGGCGCGCGCCGCCCGCGCUGUCCAAGAACAAGCAGGCGCGCGUGUACUACGCCACGCAGACGGCGGUGGCACCGCCCACCUUCGUGCUCUUCACCAACGUGAACGAGAAGUUCCCCGAGGACUACAAGCGCUACAUUCAGCGCCAGCUGCGUGAGCACAUCGGCUUCCCCGGCAGCCCCCUGCGCGUCUACUGGCGCGGCAAGACGCCGCGCGGGGAGGAGGGCCCCAGGAAGGGGAGGAAGUGA